AUGAAUAAUUCUGUAAUAAAAAAUGCUGAUAUGUCACAUGAAAUGCAAAAACGUGCACUUGCUAUUGGAAUUGAUUCCGUUCGUAAAUAUGAAUUAGAAAAAGAUAUAGCUGAUCAUUUAAAAAAAGAAUUUGAUACAAGAUAUGGUCCAACAUGGCAUUGUAUAGUGGGAAGAAAUUUUGGCAGUUCUGUAACACAUGAACCGGAUAGUUUCAUCUAUUUUUACGUGGAGAAGUAUGCUGUACUACUUUAUAAAUCAGGAUAG